CUAUUGAUGGCCUUCAUACAAGUAAUUUAGUUACAGGUAAGAAAGCUCAUGAGUGAAAGUCGUUAGAAAUAUGAUAACGAUAACUGCCCUGGCCCACAGUGCUGCCCAGGUUCUUAUUCAUAACAAAAUGUUCUGACAACGCAACAAAGUUAAAUAUUUGCUCCAUGAGUUGUCAAAGAAACUACACCAAAGCAUGUUCAUGCAAUGUUCUCCCCUCCUAUAAAUUUUAAGGUCUUUGGCUCUGAAAUAUACUUUGCCAAAAGUACAUAACAGCCAAAUUUAAACCUACUUAUCUGGUUGAAGAAAAGAGGUAAGGUCUGGUUGAAGAGAAGAGGUAAGGUGGGUUAACAUUUACUGGUGGAAGAAGAGAUGGUGAUUGAGAACCAUUCUUCUGAAGGCCAAGAUUCUUCACCCUACCUUCCUCAUUCUUCUUCCACCAAAAAGAAACAAGGAGGAUGGAAAGCAGUCAAAUUCAUUCUUGGGAACGAGACGUUCGAGAAGUUGGCUUCUAUGAGUUUGAUAGCCAACUUGAUUGUGUACAUGCAUACCCAAUACAACAUAGAGAAUGCGAAUUCGGUUGAGGUGUUCAACAUUUGGUCUGGUUUCACAAACUUUCUGCCAUUAGUGGGCGCUUAUGUGGCUGAUGCUUAUGUGGGAAAGUUUAAUAUGCUCCUCUUUGGUAGCAUAGCUUCAUUGCUGGGCAUGGGAUUCAUGGCACUAGGCGCUGGUAUACCAUCUUUAAGACCUCCAAGCUGCCCUACUCAUUCAGAUUGUGUACAUCCGACCGGCAUGCAGCUCGGAGUCCUGUAUUUAGGGCUUGGACUGUUUUCAAUAGGCUCCGGAGGCCUAAGACCCUGCAACAUUGCCUUUGGAGCUGAUCAAUUUGACACCAAAACUGAGAAAGGGAGAGCUCAAUUAGAGAGCUUUUGUAAUUGGUGGUACUUUCUGUUCACAGUGGCACUUUUGCUAGCUCUAACUGGGGUUGUGUACAUUCAGACCAAUGUGAGCUGGUUUAUAGGUUUUGUGAUUCCCACAGCGUGCUUCGCGUUGUCCCUAACCAUCUUCAUGUUGGGACAAAGCACUUACGUUCGCAUGAAACCGAAAGGAAGCAUCAUCAGUAACUUUGUGAAAGUAGUUGUUGCUGCCAAUAAGAAGCGCCAUGUUGAUCUGAAGAAAGAUUCUGAGCUCUCAUUUUAUGACCCGCCACAACCCGCUUCUUCUGAGUCAGAACCAAAGCAUACAAAACUUGCUCAAACAAAUAGGUUCAGAAACCUAGAUAAAGCUGCUGUGAUUACUGACCCAAGUGAAAGGGAUGUCAAUGGGGAACCCAUUGAUGGAUGGAGAUUAUGCAGUGUUCAACAGGUAGAAGAAUUGAAAUCCAUAUUAACUACCAUACCAGUUUGGGUAGCAGGAAUCAUAUGCUUCCUCUCCAUGGGACAAGGACACUCCUUUGGAAUCCUUCAAGCAUUGCAAACAAGCAAAUCAAUUGGACCCCAUUUUAUAAUUCCACCAGCAUGGAUGGGCCUAGUACCCAUGAUUGCACUUUCCAUGUGGAUUUUCCUUUAUGAGAAAAUCUAUAUCCCUUGGACUAUGAAAACAACCAAAGAGGGUAAGAGGCUGUCAAUUGAACACAGGAUACUAAUUGGAAUCAUGUUCUCCAUUGUCAGCAUGGUGGUUUCGGGACUAGUAGAAGUGCGCCGCCGUGACUUCGCGCUGAGAAGUGGCUCGUUUGAAUCGCCUAUAGGGAUUUGGUGGCUCGUACCGCAGUUUGCUCUUUCCGGGUUGGUUGAGGCUUUUGCUGCAAUUCCCAUGAUGGAGUUGCUCACCUCGUACUGGCCUGAGAGUGUGAAGACAUUGGGUGGGGCAGUGUUUUUUCUCAGUAUCUCCAUUGCAAGUUACUUGGGAACCAUUCUCAUAAGGGUCAUCCUCGUAGUGACUAAUAAGUAUGGCAAGACACCGUGGUUGGGUGGCAAUGAUUUGAAUAAGAACAGGCUUGAGUACUUCUACUACACCAUUGCUGUUCUUGGAGGUUUGAAUUUGUUGUACUUUCAGUUCUUUGCUCGUAGUUAUCUACGCACUGAGCUGGUCCAAAGACCCGGUCAAAAUGAACCGGAAGAUGAAGAGAAUGUCCAUAAAAAAUGAACCACAUAUUAGCCUCCUAAUUCCACACACAUAUUAUCUUGUUUAUUUUUUCCAAAAAAGAAUGCAUUUGUACCUUGUUGGUAAUGAUUAUGUCCUUCUUUAAACCAUGUACUUCAAUCGAUAACUAAACAACUAUGAAUAGAUAUGUAGACUCUAACUUUCAUUACUUCAUUAACAUGGACGUGUUUCU